AUGGGCAAGCGGUGGGUCCGCGAUGGGCGGCGGAUGCAGGGAGCAGUGUCUUCCGAAAAGGUUCCUGAUGGAUGCGAUGGCAUUCUUGUUACAUCGGCGUGCUUGGACCCCCGAACGGUCGCAAAAAGCGCCGUCCGGAUCCUGCACGACUACGUUUCUGCCUUCUCGUUGUUGCAUGACGAGUGCGCUACUCUAGAGGACGAGCUUGCUGCUUUGGCUCAGGGCAAGGACCGUCUGCUUACGAUACCCACGGGUGUACGCGGGUUCGUCUUUGUCGGCUGGACACGCGAUCCCAUGUGUCCAGAUGCAAACGCUGUUGUGGACUGCCUUAGAAAAGCGCUGACAGAGGAAAGGUCGUUCUAUCAGAUCAGUCGAAUCUACCCCGUGCUGGCUACAUCAGGGUUUAGGACAGCAGAGAUACACCGCGGCACCACCAGAGCAGUGACUGCCUACCUUGGUGCACUUGAGAGUGCAGACUCAUCCAUUAAGGGCAUGUGUACAGAAGAGCGGCCCUUCUUAAUUAGAGUCUCUGCAACCAUCCGCCACAACACGAGCUGCGACGCCAAGACUGUCGAACAAGAAGCCUCCGAUGCAGCUUUAACGGCGGCGCAGACCCUUGGCUGGCAUGUCUCUGUCAUGCCUGCAGGGUCUGACGCCUUUCUAAUUAUCAACAUAUGCAGAACCACCGCCUAUUACACAAUGAGGGGCGAUGAUUGCAAGAUGUCCUAUGCCACGGUGGGCUCGCAGUAA